AUAGCUUAGCUUCCAGCUUUGUGUUCAGGUGAUGAAUUUCAUUCGUCGCAUAAAAUAAAUAAAGCUAAAUAAAAUGCAACCAUGGCUGCUUCUUUAUUCCCCCCUUUUGCUUUCUUUUUAUUUUCCCUAUUUUUUGCUCCUCUUCCUCAUCUUCUUUCCCCUUCCCACUGCCUAACUAUAAACCAUUCCCUGCCUUCCUCCAAUCGGGAUUUAAAUUUGCUGGCCGAGGAGAAAUCAAGGCUGGGUUCCACGCCACCGAGCUGCCACAACAAGUGUGACCACUGCCACCCAUGCAUGGCGGUGCAGGUCCCCACACUACCGAGUCACGGCGGCGGUCAACCAGGCGGCGUUGCCCGGGUCAUGCCCGUUGACUACUUUGACUUGCCCAGGUACUCCAAUUAUAAGCCACUGGGUUGGAAAUGCAGUUGCGGUGACCACCUCUACAACCCCUAAUAAUUAAUUAAUCAGCAGGAUUAAUUAAAUUUAUUAAUGAAAUAAUUAAAGAAUUGCUUUCUAUAGUUCGGAAUUCUGUUUUUGUUAAUUACAACAAUUAACAUUUCAACGCUUUUGGGCGAAUAUUAAUUAGCGUAAAAAUAGGGUCAGUGUCCUAGAAAUAACGACAAUUUUUUAAUGAGGUUGUUACGUGGGAAUUUAUUGUAGUCUAUCUAUUUGUACAGCCAUAUAAAGAGCUUUAUUGUCAGCAGUGAUUUUAAAUGUCGUUUCUUC